AGCAUCCCGUAGAUACUGCUAGCCGUUUCAGCGCUCCGAAGUCGAAGAUGGCAGAGCAAGUUUCUCAGGGAAAGUCGGCGGACCAGGUGUGCUCUUUCCUCUUCAAAAAGCCCGGGCGGAAAGGGAGUGCUGGCCGCCGGAAGCGGCCAGUGUGCGACCCCGACUCUGGGGAAAGCGGAGGCAGUAGCGACGAGAGCUGCGCAGUGGUGAGACCAGAGAAAAAGCGGGCCACCCACAAUCCAAUGAUUCAGAAGACGAGUGGCAGUGGUAAACAGAAGGCGGCCUACUGUGAUCUGAGCAGCGAAGAGGAAGAGAAGACCGAGAAUGAGAGUCUGGGCGUAGUCUACAAGUCCACGCGCUCGGCGAAACCGGUGGGGCCGGAAGAUAUGGGGGCGACAGCUGUUUACGAGCUGGACACAGAAAAGGAGAAAGACGCACAGGCCAUCUUUGAGCGCAGCCAGAAAAUCCAGGAGGAGUUGAGAGGCAAGGAGGAUGACAAGAUCUAUCGUGGAAUUAAUAAUUAUCAGAAAUACAUGAAGCCCAAGGAUACGUCCAUGGGCAAUGCCUCCUCCGGCAUGGUGAGAAAAGGCCCCAUCCGAGCCCCUGAACAUCUACGUGCCACCGUACGCUGGGAUUACCAGCCUGACAUCUGUAAGGACUACAAGGAAACCGGCUUCUGUGGCUUUGGAGACAGCUGCAAAUUCCUCCAUGACCGUUCAGAUUACAAACACGGGUGGCAGAUAGAACGUGAGCUUGAUGAGGGCCGUUAUGGUGUGUAUGAAGAUGAAAACUACGAAGUAGAAAGUGAUGAUGACGAAAUACCAUUCAAAUGUUUCAUCUGUCGCCAAACCUUCCGAAAUCCAGUUGUCACCAAGUGUAAGCAUUAUUUCUGCGAGGCCUGUGCGCUGCAGCAUUACCGUACCACUCCACGCUGCUAUGUUUGUGAGCAGCAGACCUAUGGGGUCUUCAAUCCCGCGAAAGAAUUGAUUGCUAAACUGGAGAAGUAUCAAACAGCAGAGCGUGGUGCUUCCAACACCCCAGAAGACCCUGAUGGAGUCUAAUUGCCGUUACUUAGGUUUUCCAUACUUGUCAGAUCUCAAAGUACUUUUUGUUUUGGUCACCUCAAAAACCAACCAACAUUGAAGGAAUAUUAAAUUUUCUAGGAAGAGUAUCCAAGUUUUGUUUUAUGUAACAAUGCUGCAGAUUAAAUCAGUACAGUUGACUUGUUGAACUCUCAGACUGCCAUCCUGUGUAUAGCUAUACAUUCUAAGUUAAAAUAAAUUAAUAACUAGUUCAUACU